AUGUCAAGCAAACCCAGUGCUCCUGCGAAAGCACCUUCAGCCUCCAACACCCUUCCUCAGGCUGCAGUCGAUGCUCCUUUCAUCAGGUUUCCUCCAUUCCCAGUAGCACCUGAAGGCGCCAGCAUCAUCUCUUUCAGUAGCUUCAAACCCUACGGUAUCCAGAUGUUCUCAAAGGCCGGCGAGGAGGAAGAAGUUGAGCUUGACGGCUUGAAUAUACCUACCGUCGAGUUACGCGUGAAGCAUGACACUGACCAGUGUAAGAGCAACAAAAAGAGAAGAAAGAAAAAGAAGAAUGGGAAAAUGACCACCGAUGCGAACGGGAAACGUAUACCGUGGUGGGAGGAGUGGGAAGAAGGCGAAGAGUUGAGAGUGACUGGUCCUGGCUACGACCCGAAUAUGUCACGAGUUGAUCGCUUAUUCCAAGCUGCUCAGGACUUCAGGUCAGGUCGUACCUGGCCCCCCGCUGUAUCUGGUGCAGGGAAUCUGUGGGAUCAAUUUCGCCUGUACUCUGGGCUUCUUACCAACACCCCAGUGUACCGCAAGUCCGGAAAUAAGCGAGAUGGCGCCGAGUCUCCAGAAGGUUUCAUGUCGGACGAAGAAGACCUCGACAUGAAAGUCAUCGAGGUUCCUGACAUCACCAACUCCAAGCGAAAGCGACCUGCUCAAGACUCGUCUUUAGCAGACGAUGGCGAUGUAGACGAAGAAGAAAACGAAACGUACAAAAAGAAGAAGCUUGGGUCGGAAGAAGAUAGGGAAGAUCGCCUCUUCGUCUUCCUCGACGACCCGGAGAUCUCGGUAAAAGUAUUCUUGUCGUCCUUCAUGCGCGAACAGGGUUUGAUAUGGUCUGAGCGUAACCUUAUUACUGCUCCAACCCUCCUCUCCUUCUUUUUGAACUUCCUUCUGCGAAACCGCGUGUUCCCCGAAGCGACUCACGAGCGAGGCCUUCGUUCAGCACUGAACGUAGUAGAACAAGCUAAAAAGCAACUUCCUCUCACUUUCAAAAUUGGGAAAGUGAUUCCAGACGAAUUCAGUGGGGGGUGUAAGGAGUGCUGGGGCAGGAAAGGAGGUUUAUCUUGGCAAUCCGAACCCGUCGUCCUUCCCGAAAAUACGGAUUCCAAAGCCGAGUCCCAAGUGAAGGAUUUCGAAACCGGACUAUCCGUCGACGGUAUCCAGGCCACGAGGGUCGAGAUUCCAUCUCCCGAUUCGCCAAGCCAGAUCGUCAAGCAGAUCAUCGAAGAUAACGUCGGCUCAGACGUCGAACUCGAUAUCAGCACCCAUAACCCAUGGGCCAACGAGCCUAGUCCCACCGCCACUGGCGCAUGGGGCGACAUACCCGCCCAAUGGGGUCCCGGGGCGGACACAGGUGUUCAGGACGGAUCGGUUUGGGACGCGCCUGCGAGCAACUGGGCAGAUGUGGCGGGUGAUAUGGAGGCUAACGCUGCUUCUUCGUGGAGCACGCCCGUCCUCCAGUCGCUCAUGCCGUUCCUCGGCCCCACCGUUCUCCCUCUCACACAUACGACGGGCAUCGUCGAAUUCUCAACGAGACGAAUCAAAGCCAUCCACCCACCCUCUCCCUCCCCAACACCGUCCAAGUCAAGCUCCAAGUCGGCAACGUCCGCUAAUGCUAACAACGAUGGACCCGACCCUGAGCAAGUCGAAGACGCUCUCGAUCGCGCGUUCGCUAAAGUCGUACUCGAGCCGUGGAUCGGAUGCAUCACGAUGGAAGAUUCGGAUAUUUCUAGGCCUGUCAUCAAGUCUUCUUCGAGGGGGGCUGUAGUUGACGAGUUCAGCGCCGGGUCAGAUGCGCAGGAUGUCGUGGAUUCUACCUCUGGUGCGAAGCCGUACAACCCUUACAAGGACGAUAUCGUGCUUCUGGUGAGGCCUGCCAUGGUCGAAUACCUUACUGAAGGGAUGGGCUUGGGCGCCCUGUGGAUUCAGAUGGUGCGGCAGGAAGGCGUUCAGCCGCGGGCGGGUAAGAGAAAGGGGAAGCAGGCGGGGAAGGAAAACAAAAUGGGUGAGACGUACUGGUAUUUAGAGGACCUGAUGUGCAUCUUUCCCAGUUUCUAUACAGCUCGCGAGAAGGCAGGAUUGUAA